AGUUUGGCUCGAAGUGAAACUUUAGUGAGCUGAGUGUAGACAGGAUGAAAGGGAUUGCGACCCUACUCGUGGCCGUGGCACUGGCCGAUGAACCCUUUGAGGUGGAGCUCGCAGCACUACAAGCUGAACUUCACGAGCAGCAGACCUUGCUCAAGGAUCAGCAACUGCGCUUUGACCACCUGGAGUCCCUCAACUCCGGGAGACGCUUGCAAGUGACCGUCACUGACUUCAACACACAGAUCGCGGCAGUGAAGAGUUCCAUCAACAACCUGGGUGGUGCCCUUGAUUCAGCUUGGCUGUGCCUCUGUGGAGCGUUGGUCAUGUUCAUGCAUGCUGGCUUCGCGAUGUUGGAGACUGGCUGCUGCCGGGCGAAGAAUGCUUCCAAUGUCUUGAUGAAGAACUUGGUCAAUGUUUGCUGUGGGACCUUGGGCUGGUGGAGUUUGGGGUGGGCAUUUGCAUAUGGCGGCGCAGCUGAAAAUGGCUUCAUUGGCACCACAGGGUUCUUCGGUACUGGCUUCUACACUCAAGAUUCAACAACCGGAAUCAUUACGCCUAGUACCAUGUUGAGUUGGUUCUUUCAAUGGGCCUUUUGCACUGCUGGUGCUACAAUCGUGAGUGGUGCAGUUGCGGAGCGGGUGAAAAGCCCUACCUAUGCAGCCUACGCCCUCAUUAUGACGAGCUUCAUCUAUCCCGUGGUUGUGGCAUGGACAUGGGGUGGAGGUUGGCUGGCCACAGUCUUCGAUGUCUCAUACAUGGACUUUGCAGGCAGUGGCAUUGUCCACCUCACUGGUGGAGUCAGUGGCCUUGCUGGUACUGUUGUGCUGGGACCAAGGAAGGGCCGCUUCGUGAACCCAGAGGAGUUUGAGCCUCACAACCUUCCCUUGGUGGUGCUGGGAACCUUCGCGCUUUGGUUCGGCUGGUAUGGCUUCAACCCAGGAUCCACCCUCACGAUGAAGACCGGGAACGAUGGUGCUUUGGCAGCACAGGUGGCGAUGAACACGACUCUGGCUGCUGCCACAGGUGGAAUCACCGUGUUUGUCCUUCGCUAUUUCAUCACGAAGAAGUACGAUGUCGGUGGCUUGUGCAAUGGUAUCCUUGCAGGCUUGGUCUCCAUCACAGCAGGCUGUGGAAGCAUGGAAUGUGGUUCAGCCUUCGCUACUGGAUUGAUUGGAGGAUUUGUCUACCAGGGAGCAUCCAUGCUUCUCCAAAAGCUGAAGGUUGAUGACCCUGUGGAUGCCAGCCCAGUUCACGGCUUCUGUGGCAUCUGGGGAUGCAUGGCAGUGGCCCUCUUCGAUUGGGGCAAGGGUUUUGAUCACUACCACGGCUGGAGUGGAUGGAGCUGCACUCCGGGUUCCGAUGGGGUUUCUUGCAAGACCGGUGCCAAUGGUACGGGCCUUGGAGCCAACGUCGUGAUG